AUGAGCCUAGUCGGAAAUUACCAACAACACUUUCGCGGAUCGGAAGCGGCAUAUCCUCAACAUUAUUACGGGAAUCGUUACGAGGUACCAGCGGUCACAACGCCAUCCGUGGAUAGUUCCUAUCUGGGGUGGUCAUUCGGUAACUAUAGUCCAGAAACCUCUUUGGAAUUCAGCUCUCAUGUCCAGAACAGAGAGUACUGCAUAGGCAACGGUUUGAGGCCCGAAAGGGGUUUUAAGAGAAGAGUUACGGCCAACCGCAAGGAAAGACGAAGGACUCUAAGCAUUAAUAAUGCAUUUGCUGAAUUGCGAGAAUGCAUUCCUAAUGUACCAUCAGAUACGAAACUUUCAAAAAUUAAAACUUUGAGGUUGGCAACGAGCUACAUAGCCUACCUCAUGGAUUUAUUAGCUCAAGAAGAUCCAAACAGAGCUCCACAAGGCGGCUUUAAGGCUGAACUAUGUAAAAAAUUUGAAUCUAGAGAGGAAAGGAGGAAACGAGAAAUAGCAAAUCUAGCGCCAGGACCUAAUGGCGAUCGGAAGUCAAAAGGAAGAACAGGUUGGCCUCAACAUGUUUGGGCUCUGGAACUGAAAAGUGAUUCCUAAAUAAGAUUACCACUGAGAUCAAGACCAAAAUACAGAUUCUAUUUGCUUUCUUUUCCAACUUUAAAUAAUAUAUACGCAGUAUCGUAUGUAUCAUUCUUUAUGCCGAUGAUGUCAAAUGGAACAACGAAACCUUCACAUAUUCAUACUGAUCCAUUUAAAAGCAUGAGAUUUUAAAAGGAUGUGAGUUUUUUAAAAACAUGUGAUAAGUGUUACGUGUGUCGUAUGGUUCAAACUUGUGCAACUCAGCAGUAGAUAAACUCAGAACUCUUAUUUCCGGUGAGAAGCUGCGAAAAUGGGAAUUUUGUAACAUUCCUGAUUGUUUCUGAAAGUUUGUUUAUGAUGAAACAUUAUUUACAGUUUUGGAGAAGAAUGCUUUACAACUCUUUUUUGUAAGAUUAAUUAAUUAAUUAAUGCUGUAUGAGUAAUGACUCACAGAAGAAAGCCAGUUAUUCCUUUUUGGAUUUUAGUGUUAUCAAUGCACGAAUGCUACUUCCUGCUGAGCAUUCUUAGAAAUCUUCUAAAACGUUUUUGCGUCUGUGUAUAAAAAUGUACUUAUAAUUAUUGCAUUUUUUUUCAUUUAAUUUAUCUCUACAUGUAUGUUUCGCAAUAAUCUGUCUCAGUUGAUUCAAAAGAAUAUACUUCAUUUUUAGACAAAAUUAACACAAUUGCAAGGUGUUUUCUUUGAAAUUUACAUGCAGUUGUAUCUAAUGCGCUUAUAAAUUUGAUACUGUGAUAUUUAAGUCACAUUGGUGAAGCUGAGGUAUCAUAAUUAUAUUAAAGAAAUGGUACUUACUUAUUAGGGCAACCACCUUGAAGUAGUUUGGCGAUUUUCUACAGUUGAAAAAAAAAAAUAACUUAUCAUAGGAGGAAAUUAUUUAUUUGGUGUAUGCAUACAAUUACACAUACAUUUUAUGUAUUUACCUCGAAAAUCAAUUGAUAAACCUACUUGCAAGCGAGUUUUUGUUUCUUUUAUUGUGCUAGGAAUUUUUAUGAAAAUCACUAUACGUUUUCAUACAAAGCACUGUUCUGUUUGGCGAUUUCUCGGCAAAAUAUUAUUUUUCUUCAGAAAUUUUACAGGACAUUCUUCCACUGUACGCAAAUUCCACAAGCAUGCAUUUUAAAAUAUUUAGCUAAAAAUAUUACGAUUUGCCUAUAAAAAUCGUUCUUGAAAGAAAACAAAAAGAGCACAUACCAAAAUUGUGACUUUUCUCAAAUGGAAGAAAUGUUAUGCGGUUAUCUGGAGAACUGCCGUGGAAACGGUAGCCAGAAUUUGGCGUAUUCUGAAAAUUUGGCGACUUCUAUAAGGUGAUUGCGCUAGUACGUUGGUCCUAUCAAAAUUAGGUAUCUCUUUUCUCUUACAUUUAUUAUCACUUUCAUUAAAUACCUCCAUUAAUUUAUCGUAUUUUAAUUCUUUCUUAGAAGUGUAUACUAUAUUAACACGAUGAAUAAACUCCUACCUCUAGAACAGUUUCAAGCAACUUACCCCUUAAAAUUUAGGUAGUCUUUUGUAAAAUCCAAGCUUAUAUAUUUUAAUGCAGAGGUUCCUAACCAGGGGAAUUCUACGGAGUCCGAGAUAAUAUUAAAUUUUUUUUGUUUACAAUAAAUUAAAUAAAUUUUAAUUAAAUAAAUGUUUAAAAAUUGCACGCAAAGACAUUGGUGCGUGUUCAAAUCGUAUUUACUACCCAUGCGGCAAUAACAGAUUUGCUACGUAUAUUGUUAACGUCAGUCACACUUUACAAACGUAAUGUACAUGAAUAUACAAUUUUAUUUUUUUAUUCUAUUUUAUUUAUCUCUUUUUUUUUAACUGUCUUAAGAUGUGCGGUAACAUAUUAAAAAUUUUUUAGGAGUGUGGGACAUAAAAAAGGUUGGGAAACCUAGCUUCAAUGUAAUUCAGUAGCACGGAUAUUCGAAAACAAGAAAUCUUGAAAAAGUGAUGAGCUGUGGCAGAGACGAUUUCGAUCGUUAUAAUCAUCGCCAAGAAAAAUUAGCACUGAAUAAAAGACAAAACAUCCAGCAAAUGAGCAUGUGGGGAAAUGCAAUUAAAAAUGAAGCCAGUCGGAGGAAAAUAAUACACCUUUGUACAGUGAUAGAAAAAAGUCAAUUAAAUAUGCAAUCAAAUAAUAUUAAUUUUUAUUCCCUGUACGUUUCCGGCCGCUAGCAGCCGAGUGGUAAAGUAGCUGAACACUCGUAGCUCGACCUGGUUCGAUUCCUGGCGGAUAGGCUGACUGCAUGGAGUUUUGGUGGUUGAUCCUUCUGCAAAAAAAUUGAUGAAGCUACAAGCAUAAGAGGGUUGAGCGCACCGAACGAUUAAGAUUUCUUCGUUUUUUGAGAACACUGUUCUUCUCAUCGAAAACACAUCCGCCGCUGGAAGCUGCGUAUAAAAGUAACAGAAUAGUGUGAUGAUGAU